AUCAGAUCAGAGUCAUUCCUCAGGUUCUGCAAAGUGAUUGAGGUUAUUAUGGUUCUUCUGGUUCCUCUGGGUUUUAAAAGUUCUUUUAACUUGUUUUGGUUCUUUUGGAUUAUUCCAGUUUUGGACUGGAAAUGAAAACAUGGGCGGUAGAACACAGGAGUCGGAGCUGAGGACAGAAAGCUGCUGAUCAGGAUGUCAGGUAACUGGUCAGUCCUGAGGCUGUCAUCGCUGGCUCCACCCACACAAUCAGUAGCCACACCCCUUCCCAACACCUCCCAGUAUCCUCCACUGUUGGACUGGGAUGCUCCCAGCUUCACCCGGGCCGCUCAGUUCCGUGUUGGCGCCACCUUUGUGCUUUUCCUCUUUGCUGCCUGCAGUAACCUGGCUCUAUUGGUCAGUGUGUGGUGUGGGCGGGGCCGACGGCUGGCGUCCCACCUACGGCCACUGAUGCUCAGCUUGGCGGCGGCUGACCUUAUGGUGACGUUUGUGGCGAUGCCUCUGGAUGCAGUGUGGAACGUGACUGUACAGUGGUAUGGAGGUGAUGCACUGUGUAAGCUGCUGUGCUUUCUGAAGCUCUUCGCCAUGCAGGCCUCCGCCUUCGUCCUGGUUGUCAUCAGCCUUGACCGCCAUCAUGCCAUCCUUCGGCCGCUCGAUGCUCUGAGUGCACACCACAGGAACCGCCGAAUGCUGUUGACAGCCUGGAGCCUGAGUCUGCUGCUGGCAUCACCUCAGUUGUUCAUUUUCCGGGCUGUCCAGGCCGAAGGAGUGGACUUCACACAGUGUGCAACUCAUGGCAGCUUCAGCCACCGCUGGCAGGAAACACUUUACAACAUGUUCCACUUCAUCACACUGUAUGUUGUGCCCCUACUGGUGAUGAGCUGCUGCUACAGUCGCAUCCUGCUGCAUAUCCACCGCCAGCAUCUGAGCAACAAAGCAGGUGAGUCCUGUCUGCGUCGCAGCGGCACCGACAUCAUCCCCAAGGCUCGGAUGAAGACGCUGAAGAUGACUGUGGUGAUCGUGUUGUCCUUCGUGGUCUGCUGGACUCCGUACUACCUGUUGGGGAUCUGGUACUGGUUCCAGCCGGAUAUGCUGCGUGUCACACCCGAGUACGUCCACCACGCCCUCUUCGUGUUUGGGAACUUGAACACGUGCUGUGACCCUGUCAUCUAUGGCCUCUACACACCCUCCUUCAGAGCUGACCUGGCCGCCUGCUGCCGCCGCAGGAUGGAUGCAGAGGCCUCAUCACGAUUUGCUGACCGACUGUCGGCUCGCCAGGGUCCUAACGGCAGGAACAAUGAGUUAAAUGAUGCAGGUGUCAAUCAGAACCAGGAUGCUGGACCUGGAGAUACAGAGAGAUCAGGAGGUUCAGGAGUCAGACUGCACCCUAGUGGACAAAUUCAACCAGUACAGCUUUAAAUGUCCCAGUAGUGUAAAAUAAAUAAUCAAAUUGAUCAUCAUACAUGAUUUUCUGGAUACUGGUGUAAAAACAGACUUAGUGAAAUUUCAGAUUCUUUACAUAAGUGAAAGUGACAAUGACCAGACUCUGAAAUGUUGCCAAAGAAAAAAAGUCCAAAGAAAGCCUGUGACGGACAAACAAUACACUGAAAAUAAUGAGCAUGAGCUUCAUUCAAAUGUGCAAAGCAGUUUUCAGUGUCAACAACAGAACUGGAAAGAUUAAGACACUUUUUCUCCAUGAUCCAGUCUCCAUUUCUUCACCAU